GUUGCCGGCGUUUCCGGCGCCGGCGCCUCUGAGGAAUCCUCAGUGAUGUCGUGGUUUCGAGCCGCUCCUUUGGCCCAGGGUCCUGGAGAGGAGGGGGACGUUUUUGACGAGGAAGCUGACGAGUCGGUCCUGGUGCAUCGGGAAUGGCGGAGCCAUAUGCAGAGACGAGUCAAAGAAGGCUAUAGAGAUGGAAUAGAUGCUGGCAAAGCAGUUACUCUUCAACAAGGUUUCAAUCAAGGUUAUAAGGAAGGUGCAGAAGUCAUUAUAAACUAUGGACAACUCAGAGGAACAUUGAGUGCUUUGCUCUCCUGGUGUCACCUUCAUGAUAAUAGUGCGGCUUUGAUCAGUAAAAUAAAUAAUCUUCUGGAUGCAGUUGGCCAGUGUGAAGAGUAUGUGCUCAGACAUCUGAAAUCAAUCACUCCACAGCCCCAUGUUGUAGAUUUAUUGGACUCCAUUCAGGAUAUGGACCUUUGUCAUAUAGCUCCAGCUGAGGAAAAGAUUGAUGAAGCUAAAGAUGAAAGAUUCUAUGAAAAUAAUGCUGAGUUUAACAAAAACUGUAGCAAGAAUCUUAGUGGGGUAGAUUGUUCAUCUUUAAAAUGUUGUAGAACACAGGAGCGUGCACAUUCCGAAAACCCAAGCCUCACUUGGAUUUUAGAACAGACAGCCAGUUUGGUAAAACAGCUGGGAGUAUCAAUAGACAUAUUACAGCACCUCAAACAACUAUAAAAAUUAUCUUCAUUUUAAUAAUGAAAAUAAUAUUCAGAACAUUCUUAGAACAUUUUGUUUCUGAACAAGCUAACCAAAAUUUGUACUGGUUUCUACAUUGAACACUUCACUUGUAAGGUUAUCCUUCAUGGAAGUUUGAAAUGUCUUCAAAAUUAACACUAUUUAAUAUAAGCCUAUUUUCUUUGUCACUGGUAAUUUUUAUGUGGUUUAAGAUAUGCUCGGGAAUUCCAGUUGUCAUCAUUUUCAAAUUUCUGAUCAAAAUCAAGCAUUUUUGGACUCAUUAUUAGCAGAAAUGAACAAGAAUCAGACUACAGUUAACCCUUGAACAGCGCAGGUGUUAGGGGUACCCACCCACCAUGCAGUCAAAAAUCCGCAUAUUACUUAUAGCUGGCCCUCCAUACCUGCAGUUGCGAGUCUCAGAUUCACCCAACCUCAGGUGGUACGGUACUGUAGUAUUUACUACUGAAAAAAAAAUCCAAGUAUAAGUGGACCCUCAGAGUUCAAACCCUUGUGGUUCAAGCAUCAAAUGUUAUUUUGUAAGGACUUAGCCCUACCUUCUGCUCUUAGCACAUUGUCUUGUGAUUAGGACCUCACCUUAUAAUCAGACCAAAGUUACAAAAAAUUACCUAAUGGCUAAUGUUGUAAAUAGACACACAUAGAUGUAUAUAGAUAUGUAGACAUAUAUAUAUUGAAAUUAAGAGGCUAAUAAGUGUAAAGCUGAAAAAAUGUUUAUACUGAUAAUUAAAAUACUAAAGUUUGUUUUAGUUUUUUUAUUGAGGUAUAAUUGAUUUAUAAUGUUUCAGGUAUACAGCAAAGUGAUUCAGUUAUACAUUUUUUUUUUCAGAUUUUUUUCCAUUAUAGGUUAUUACAAAAUAUUGAAUAGAGUUCCCUGUGCUAUACAGUAGGUCCUUUUUGUUUAUUUUAUAUAUAGUAAUGUGUAUAUGUUAAUCCCAAACUUCUAAUUUAUGCCCACCUCCUUUCCCUUUUGGUAACCGUAAGUUUGUUUUCUAUGUCUGUGAGUCUAUUUCUGUUUUGUAAAUAAGUUCAUUUGUAUCAUUUUUUUAGAUUCCACAUAUAAGUGAUAUCAUACCAUAUUUGUUAAAGUUUGUUUCAGUUUUGUGUUUAUUAAAAGUAAGGACACAAUUCCAUGAAAAAUAUAGAAAAUACGUUUCAUGCUAAAGUACUUACUUAGCGUAUCCAAGUUUUAAUGAGUUAGUAGUGUUACCUGACAGUGUGCCAGAUUAUUCCUAAACUGCAGUUUUGCUUCAUAUCUAUUUAGGAAUAAAACAUUGAAGCCACUGACUUCUGUAUUAUCUUGUAGCAAUAUUCUUAGUCUAGCACAGACAAAAUGAGAUUCAAACUUAUGCUCCAGGACCUAAACAUAUAAAAUCAGGAAAGGAUUUUUCAUCACUUUUUUGCCUGAAACACAAAUUUAUGUAACAUGCCUGACUUCAGAGGCACCCAAAUAAUUGCCCCUCAUUGAUAGCCAUAAUUUAUAUCUGCCAUCUACUGUUAAAGACUGAUACCCUGAGAAAAUCUUAUCUGAUAAAAGAGGUGUUUCAAGAGAUUAAGAAAAUGUACUGCUGUGAUCUUACAACCUCCUCAGAGUUCACAGGACAUUACGAAAUUGAAGCAACAAAUUUGAAAUCAGAAGACCAUAAAGUAUGUCAGGAUUUACUAAAACGUGCUGAAGAUAUCAAGUGACAUUUGACAGAUGGUUUUUAAAAAAAAAAGUGAUUGUACCUCUCUAGAUGUAAACACUAUUUCAGAGAUUUACUGAUUUGUCUUGUUAUGUAGAUACUUUUUUCCAUAUUUAUGAAUGCAGCAAAAAUGUCAAAUCCACAUGGAAUAUUAUAAGUCUCUGAAGUCUUCAUGUUGCUCUGCAUAUUAGAUAUGAAAUAUACGCAUCUCUAAUAAUACAGCUCAAGGAAGUCACCCUGAGUAAAAAUUUCAUGAGUGCAGCAAAUCUGGAGAUUUUAUCUGGGCUCACCCUGACAGAAUUUCCUGAAGAUAACACCCUUUGCCACCAUUGAAAAUAGGUUGUUUUUGUGUAGAUGUUCGUAGAAAAGGAACUCAAGAGAAUUAGCUGAGUUGAAUGAAGCUGUUGGGUUGAAAACAUCUCUUAAGCUUACAUUGCCCUUUAAAAAAGCACAGAAGUUCCUGGACUGCAGAGGAAAAUUAAUGGAAUGCUCAUUAUACCUGUGUUUCAUGAGCCUCUGUAUUAGAACCAACAAGAGCGAAGGAAAGAAACCUUGCCUUGUGUCUUUUACCUUGCCUCGUAUGUUCUAGGCCUGCCAAGUGUUGCCAUGAAAAGACCCUAGAUGAAGAUAAAUGUAAAGCAAGACUGCCCCAGAGCAGACACAGCAGAGUUUGAAGACCCAGGACCUAGACAUUAGGCUUAGAUGAUGUGGCUUCCUUAAAAACAGAAUUUUCACCUUGAAGAAAUUACUUCUAGAUACUGACAUAUGUGGGGGUUUUUUAUUUGUUGUUGUUUUUUAAGCCCACGAUACUAUGCUUUUCUGGCAUUUCAGUUGCUAGAGGUAUUGAGGCCACCAAAAUUUUUGUGGUACACAAACAAGCAGAAGUGGGCAGCUGAAUUCACCUACCUGCAUCCUUACCUCAUUUAUAUCCUUAGCACUGCUUAUUAACUGCUUUUGUGGUACACCAAAAUAAAAGCCUUGAACCAAG